AUGGCCGCCGCCGUCCACGUCUUGGACGACUACUAUCUCGCCAUUACUUUCCUCAUCACCGUCGCCUACCAGCUCUUUUUCUUUUCCAUAGCCUACUCUCUCAAGUUCGACAAGUUGACCGACUUCGCCGGCGGCUCCAACUUUGUCCUUCUCGCCAUCAUCACCCUCGCCUUUAGCCAAGACCGUGACCAUGCUCGCCAGAUCGUCUGCUCCGUCUUCAUCAUGGCCUGGGGAGCUCGCCUUUCCGCCUUCCUGCUGUUCCGCAUCCUGAAGACCGGCAAAGACGACCGCUUCGACGAUAAGCGCGACAAAUUUUUCCCCUUCUUGGGCUUCUGGAUUUUCCAGAUGCUCUGGGUCUGGUCCGUCUCCCUGCCCGUCACUCUUCUCAAUUCGCCCAACGUCACGCGCUUCCCCCAGCCCGAUUUCGGUACAGCUUGCGACAUUGCUGGCGUGAUUAUGUUUGCCAUCGGCUUCACCAUCGAAUCAAUCUCAGACGUUCAAAAGUACCGCUUUAAAGCACGUCACGGCCGUGAGCCCAUCUGCGACGUCGGCUUCUUCCGCUGGACCCGACAUCCCAACUACUUCGGCGAAAUCACCAUCCAGUUCUCCAUCUUCACCAUUGCCGUUGCUCCCGCCGCCUACGGUUAUGUACACGGCGGUGCCCGCCGUGCUCUCUAUGCCUCAAUCCUCGGGCCCGUCUUUUUGACUACCUUGUUGAUGUUCGUCUCCGGAUUGACGCUUCAGGAGCGCCCGGGUGCGAAGAAGCAUUAUGAGAAAGGCCAUCGUUGGGACGAGUACUCGCGCUAUUUGAACCGCACUAGCAUCCUGCUUCCCUUCCCCCCGACCCUGUAUGAGAGGAUGCCGACAUUUCUGAAGCGUACCGUUUUCUUGGAAUUCCCCAUAUACGUCUUCGACCCAGCUAAGCACUCGGAUGUCAAAAAUCCGGGCGGCGGUCAGGAGUCGGACGUCGAUGAGGUCGAUGAGGGAAGGACCACCAGGAGGAGUGAUGAAGAGGCAUUGCAUGGGAAUUGA